AUGGUCGAGCCGAAGUUAUUGAAGCGCCACAGGAUACCAUCAUCGGUCCCUACCAACAAAGCUCUAUGGGAGCCGGAGCUUCUAAACGAGUCGUAUAAGGAUGACACAGGCCAAAGGAGCCUCUUGGUGGACUACUGCGCCAACAGCACCAUCCACGGGUUCAAAUAUUUCGUUGGCGCGAAACGCACUACGAUCGAGAGAUUCUGGUGGGUUGUCGUUUGUCUGCUGUCUCUGUAUGGUUGCGGCAGCCUGAUCCAUAGCGUGUACGUCAAAUGGGACCGUGAUCCGGUGGUAGUGACCUUCGCCGAGAAACCAUCUCCAGUGUUCGCGAUCCCUUUUCCAGCCGUCACUCUGUGCCCGGAGACGAAGGUCCGUAAGAAGGAUCUCUCCUUCACGACAGCCUUCCAGCUGUACAACGACGAAACCGUGUAUCCCUACAUGGCGGAUGCGCAAAUCGCGAAGGUGGAAGCCCUCUUGCAGGUGUGCGACUUCUCGUUCGGGCAGGACUUUAACAAUGACUCCUUCGCAGACGAUGUAGUAGAACUGCUGCAACAGAUGGCCAUCCCAUUCGACGACAUCUUCGUAGCGUGUGGGUGGCGAGGUCAACCGAUUCCGUGCGAGCAGUACUUCAAGCGGACUCUCACCGAGGCAGGUAUCUGCUAUACGUUCAACUCGCUGGCCGCCGAUGACCUGAUGCGCCGCGAGCAGCUCCACGAGGAGUACGAAUACUCGACGGAGAACCGAUCUGCCCGUUUUUGGUCCAUGGAUGAUGGGUAUACUGUUGGCGCUGGAGGUGACACGUACCCAUUGCGGGCCUUUGGGGCAGGUCUUCGUGCCGGGAUGUACGUCAUCUUGCGGGUUCGCAUGAAGGACCUCGACUACCUAUGCGGGAACUCGUUUCAGGGCUUCAAAGUGCACUUGCAUCCACCCGACCAGUACCCACGGAUGGUUUAUCAAUUCUUUCGGAUCCCGCUCAGCCAAGAGGUGUCGGUAUCGGUCGAUCCACUGCUGUUCGACACAUCACCCAACGUGCGCUGGUACAACCCAAAGCGACGUCUCUGCUUCUACAAUCACGAGCGGCACCUGAAGUACUUCAAGGUGUACACCAAGUACAACUGCGACAUCGAGUGUCUGUCAAACUACACGCUCGAGAUGUGUGGCUGUGUGCCUUUUUCGCUACCACGCACAGAUGGAGCACGCAUUUGCGGACUCGGGAUGGCGAGCUGCACCGACCAGGCGCUUUCUGUGCUGGAGGAGAUGGAUCUAUUGUACGAACAGAACCAAUCACACAACUUCCUUGAACAGUGCAACUGCUUGCCGGCGUGUAACGCCAUCUUCUACAAUACAGAGAUAUCUCAAGCGCGCUUCGACUGGCGAAAGCUGGCCGAGAACAUCAACUUACUGUCGGACGAAAUGGAUGUAACCGAACUGUCGUACCUAACGAUCCACUUCAAGGUGUCCCGCUUCAUUCCGAUCAAGCGGAGCGAGUUGUUCGGAGUGACCGACUUCCUUGCCAACUGCGGUGGCGUACUAGGUCUAUUUAUGGGCGUCAGCAUUCUCAGCAUCGUCGAGAUCGUGUACUACUGCACGCUGAAACCGAUCAUGGCACGGUCGGUGGCAUCCCGUCCGGAAACGCCCAGCAUCGUCAAAUCCUCACUAAUUCUGCCACCACAGGAGUAUGGAAUGCACGCGGCCACCAUUCGCCAUCGUAAGGACCGCUGGUAA